AUGGUAUCAUUCGAUGAUACAAAUAGACAUCGGAGCCGUGCCGUAGUGGCUCUUGUAGUUUACAUUUCGCUCUUUCUGGACAAUAUGCUGCUAACAGUUAUUGUGCCAAUACUGCCGGAUUACCUUGUCCACAUCGAUGCCAGCGUGCCGGAAAGUGUAAUCUACAAAAACUUUAGCCUUCACUACGUUCCGGGGCUGAUCGGCGCUGGCAGCAGUUCGAUUGUUCAACCUGUUCAACCCAAAGCCAGCGCUAGUACCCCGGCGAUCGAGGAGGAGGGCGGUUCCAUCGGAAUCUUGCUCGGGGUGAAGGCGCUGGUGCAGCUAGUGGCCAACCCGAUCGUGGGCAGUGGCACCGGCCGCUUCGGUUUCUGUGUGCCGAUCAUGUUCGGCAGCCUCAACUUGUUGGUGGCGUCGCUGAUUUUCGGUUUCGGCACCUCGUACGGAUCGCUGUUUGUUGCUCGUGCCAUCCACGGCGUAGGAUCGGCCUGCAUCGGAGUGUGCGGUAUGAGCCUGGUGGCCCAACUGUACACGGAGCCGGACCGGCGGUCUCGAGUGAUGGGCACUAUCCUGGGAGCCAUGGCCGUCGGGGUGUUGGUCGGUUACCCAUUCGGUGGCAUCGCCUACGAAGUGGCGGGCAAGGCGGCUCCAUUCCACGUGCUGGCGCUACUGUGCGCCGGGAAUUUGGUGUUGCAGUACUUUCAGCUGGACUUUCAGCUGGCCACGAUCCAGCUUCGUUCGCUACCGAGGGACUCGUCAACGACGGCAACGGAUGACAACGGGCGGCUUACCUGGUGGCCGCUGCUCACCCAUAGACUGGUGCUGGUGGUCGUCGGUGCUAUCUGGAUCUCGACCUCGGCGAUGGCUAUCCUAGAGCCCUGCCUACCAAUCUGGAUGAUUACCCAUCUGCAUCCGAAAAAGUGGCAACUGGGCACCGUCUUCAUUCCCGACUCGAUUGGCUACUGGGUGGGAACGAACUUUUUCGGCACCGUGGCCUACCGCUUUGGCCAGAUUCGGGUAUCGAUCGGAGCCCUGGUGCUCGUGGGCGUAUCGUGUCUGCUUUUGCCGUCCGCUAGCAACGUUGUUGGUCUCAUGCUGCCCCACUUGGGACUGGGACUGGGCAUCGGCGUGGUGGACGCGGCUCUGGUUCCACUGCUGGCCACGCUUGUCGACAAUCAGUUGGCCGCCCGGGCUAGCUACGAUCCGGAGCUUAGCCCGGACGAGAGCACCGGUAGACAUGCGUACGGCACCGUCUACGCCAUCCAACAGAUUGCAGUCAGCGCGGCUUACUCGCUGGCUCCCAUCAUCGGCGGAGAGUUGGUUCCGGUGAUUGGGUUUUCUCUGCUGCUACGGGCCCUCGGCGUGCUGAAUCUGCUCUACGUUCCGCUGCUGGUGUACUCUGGGCUGCGGAACUCCCAGUCGCCAGGUUUUGGUACGAUUAAGCAAACGGAGCUACCACUUGCCAGUAGCGAGCCGACAUCGUACAGACGGUUCUAUAAUGCCGUCGAGUAA